CCCCAAUGCUUCCAGAGUGGCUAUAGAGUUGUGUGGCGUGUGUGACAGGGCGCGGGAGGCGUGUAGUAUGGUGCAAGAGGCGAGGUUACAGACGUCGUGCAGUCUACACGUGAUGGGACAUGUUUGGAAGAGUUGCAUGUCCUGCUUUGAUAGGAGGCACCACAGCCAUGUCUGGAGAGGGAAGGCCAGUCACCAGGAUCCCCAGCAUCUUUGAUUCAGAUGAUGACAGUGAAGAUGACUCGUGUCCACCUGUGCCCUACCGCGGCAUCACCACUAAUACCACCACCACCACCGCCACUAAGCCUGUCACUGAGAGUCAGCCUGUGCCAGCUCCUGCACCUCCUCAACAGCCACAGAGUCUUUCCUCAAAUUCUGACAGUGAUGUUGAGUCCCUCAGUCCGAAGCCAGAGGAAGCUAAGGAGGGGAAGGCCACCCCCAGCAGUCCACACGCCCAGUCAUCGAGUGAAGACAGUGAGGACUCGGAAGAUGGCUCAGAGGAGAAGGACCUCGUGUUCUCAAGCAGGGAGAAGAAAGUAGAUGAUGAUGCAACGUUGAUGGGAAACGAUGAUGACAUAAACAUUAGCCACUCAAGCCCAGAGAACCAGGAUGGGAGUGAAGACGAGGAAGAUGACAGUAGCAAUAGUGAUGACGAUGAUGACGACAGUGAUGAUGACCAGGAUCGCAGUGGCUCCAGCAUUGAGUAUGAAGGGGCAGUGCUGAGUGAGGAUGGAGGCAGUCAUGUUGUGUACAGCCCAGCAAUGCCACUGAGUAUCAAGAUAACCACUGGGAAGAAAGGGGAGUUUGCCAUCAGACAAGAGACAACCUCUCUAAACCACCAGUCCGAGCUGAAGACAAAGACGAGGAGAGAGGGAACAGACCGGUUGAGAAGGAGAAGCAUAAAGGAGAAGAGAGAAGAAAAGUCUGGAUCUUGAGAAAAGGAUGAAGAGAAAAUGGAAACAGUUGAAACCAGUAAGGAAGACAAAAUAACGGUUGAUAGAAAGGACAAGAUAGACUUAGUACAUGAAAAGGAAGACAGUAAGAGUCGGGAGAGUAGCGGCCACAGCACACCAGUUCAUGAGAAGAUUGAAGAGAGAAGUGAACCUGAAGAGAAACCAAGCAAGACCUUAAGUGCUGAAGAAAAGAAGGAAAAGGAAGAGGAGGAGGAGGAAGAAGAAGAGGAAGAUAAUAAUAUGAAAAUUGGUGAUGAAAGUGUACAUUCAGAACCAGAGGAAAGCAAAGAUGAGAAACCUGUAGAAGACCUUGAAACAGAAGACACAGAGAGUACGAAAGGUGACACAACAGACAGCAGCAAGAGUUCAAACAGCAAAUCAUCAGACAAGAGUGAGGUGGAGCCCAUGGAAAUAGGUGUGAAGGAUGAUGAAGAGGAAGACAGUGGGAAGCUAGAGACAACGGAGACCCACAAGGAAAGUGAUGAAAGUGACACAGGAACCAUGGAAAUGGAAUCAAUUAGAUCACAGGAACCCAAAAUGGAGAAAGAACUGAAGAGGAAUGAGGACAAAGAGGAAGAGGGACCAAUGGAAGUUGAGGAAGAGGAAGAGGAGCAUGUAGGAAAAGAAGUAGAGGAUGAAAUAGACACUGAUAAACAGAAAGCAGAAAAGGAAAUUAAAAUGGAGGAAGAGGAAGAGGAGACUGCUAAAGAACCCCAUUGUGACACAGAAACCACACCAGAGAAGGAGAAGGAGAAAGAGGAGGAGGAGAAGAUGACAGAAGCAGAUGUGAAAAAGGAAGACGAUGAAAACAAAAACAAAGAAAAACAAACAUCUUCUAACGCUGAGAAGGAAGAUGAAGCGAAGGUGGGAAGUGAAAAAGAUGUAGAGGUGAAGGAAUGUGUGGCUGAAGAUGAUGAUGCUGUAGAGACGAAGGAAGAGGUGAAGGAGAAGCCUAGGGAAUCUUCAACAGCACCUCAACCACCAGCGCCAUCUAUUGCCACCAUGCUAGACUCCGAGACAGACUCUGAAGCCUCGAUGGAUACAAUGAAGGCUCAGGAUAUCAUCACAGCAGCAGCGGCCAAGAGGAUGAAGGUGCCCCUCAGAGUGGAGGACGUCUACUUGGAUUCAGAGGAGGACAGUGAGAACCCCACACAACUGCAAGGAGGUGGUGGUGCUGGUGCUGGUGGUGACGGCGGUGGUGAUGGUGGUGGUGAGCGAGGCAGGCAGUCGGCAAUGACCAGUGAGACAGACUCCGUGGACCCUGAAGACCAGCGGGACUGUCUCUCUCAGUACAGCAGCUCCAGGGCCAGCAGCACCGACCUCUUCAUCAAAGUGUCCAGCUGCAGCCCACGAGCCGAGUCUCCAAGCGACAUCCAGACAAGUGCCCGUGUAACUUCCCGCUCCAAGAAGUCCCACGUCCCCACACCUGCUGACCUGGCCAACUACCUGGAGGCUUUCAAACAAGGCUGGCGGCGAGAGAUUGUCUUCCGAGCCACACAAAACCCAAGCAAGGCAGGAGGAGCCAGGGCGGACAUCUACUACUACUCUCCGUCUGACAAGAAACUUCGCUCCCGUGUUGAGAUAGAGGACUACUUGUUACGAGCUGGCAUCAAGGACCUCACCCUCAAGAACUUCACAUGGAUUAAAGAGCCCCUGGGAGUCUCUGAGGAGUAUGAGCAGAUCCGACACGCCUCAAACAAGAAUAUCGGUGGUGCUGCAGGACCUCCUCGACGCAAGCCAAACCAAGCCACACCCGGCUCCUCACCCUCCUCUACACCAAAAUCCUCAGCAUCCUCACAGAUCACCACACCCAAGGCCUUACCAGUCUUCACCAUCACCUCCUUCCCCAAGACCUCACCAGUCAAGUCACCACACACCACCAGACCACCAUCAGCACCUGCCCCACUGCCAGCACCACCUGUCCCUGCUCUCCCAGGGGUCACAAGUACACCAGCCACCACCUCAACUCCUGCAGCUGUGGUAACGUCAGGGAGUGCGACGAGUGCCACGAUUACCAAGCCGUCUUUUGUGUGUGAUGUGCCGGUGCCAAAGAAGAGAGGAAGGGGUCGGCCACGCAAGAAUCCUGAAGAGGCGCAGCAGAAACGAGCGCGCAUGAGAACCACGCCUGUCGUUCCCAUAAUGAUGAAGAAGAGCGCAGGCCGAGGUGGUGCAGGUCAGCCCCCUCUCCGGCCUGCGCCUCCCCCACCACCACCACCACCUGCCAUCUUGCCGGCACUCCCAGUCACCUCAGGUAUGUGGCACCUCAAGCCCCAGCCACCAAUGCACGUGAUGAACGUGGUGCAGCGGCCAAUACUCCCAACACCCACACCCAGAGCUAAGCAGACAAGGAAGACCAAGGACCCAAUUGUCACCACAGGCCACCUCGCCACCCUGCCACCCUGCCCUCCCAAGAUCCUGACACCAAUGUUAACAGGAAGCGCCCGUCAACGCACCUUCCACUGCACCGGCAACUGUCCCUUGGGUGGCGGGUCAGUGCCGUGCCUUCAGUGCCUCAAGUGUCUGUGUCUCUUCCACCCAGAGUGCACUUGUAUGCCGCCCUCAACUGUCUCCAUCAUCCAGGCCGGCGCUGCUAAGUUCCUCUGUCCGAACUGUUACUGGGAGAACAAGGAGAACAUGGCAUCAAACAAAUGGAUUCCUUCCGAGCCGUAUGAACCACUGGCACACGAUCCCAUCUACUCAUCCUCAUCUUCUGACUCGGAGGAAGAGGAAGGUCACUCAGGGAAGAAGGUUUGGGUGGAGGAUUACACGAAAGUUUGUCUAAGACCUGACUCUCCACCGACGCCUCCUUCCUCACUGUCUCCCUCACACAGCCUGGGUCCAUGGAGAACUGAUGGCAGUGACUCACGGCAGGACAUGACCAGCGACACACCACAACCAGGAGAGGUAAUGAGAGGUGCACUUCCUGUCAGUGGACUUCCUGCAGGUGCCACAGCUGUAGGGAGCCAGUUAGUGCAGAUCCAGCAGCAGGGGGCAGGACCAGCCUGCUUCCUGUUAGUGCAGGGUGCAUCUGCCACACAGGGCGGGGAGCUCAUGUCUGUACCUGGUGGUAGUGGUGGUGCCUUAGGGAUGCCUAAGGGGAUGUCAUCUAUCAUCCUGCCAAGGCUUCCAGUACAGCAGCAGCAGCAGCAACAGCAGCAGCAGCAGCAGCAGCAGCUUCAGAUUGCCUCCCCAUUUGUAAUACAGCAGCAGCAGUUCCAGCAGUCUCAAAUGCCAGUAAACAUGCCUCCACAGGACACCCUCCAGCAGAAGCCAGAAAGGCCAGUGGGGAAGCACUACAAGCAGUACUACAAGGCUAUGAGUCAGUGGGACAACACAUUCUUGGGAGAGUUAAGUCAGAGGUACCUAUUGCUUCGACAUGUCUUCAAGUUCCUGUCAGUGAAGGACCUGCUUGUGGCAUCUCAAGUCUGUCUACUGUGGAGGGACUUGGCCUUCAGUUCCACCCUGUGGGAGACCGUGAGGCUGAGAAAUGUGUGUGUCAAGGACUGGACUGAGUUUGCUCAUUUCCUGGAGCAGAGGAACACAAGGAACAUUGACCUGAGGAAGAUGAGGCUAAGGAAGAGUGUGCUGAGUCAAAAGGAGCAUAGCAGUACAAGUUUCCAAGCCAUUCCUAAACUCUCCAAGGACAGGAGAAGCAGCUCACAUACCGAAGAAAGGAAUGAGAAGAAAACUGAUGAUGAGGUAGCAAGGAGAGAGUCAAAGUUCAGCAGGGAGUCCUCACAAACACAGGAUAGGAAAGCAGACAACCAUAGCAGAACCAAUGUUGAUGAGAAAGACAGAAAUGGCCACAGGAAGGAGAAGAAGGAUGAAGAGAAGGCAGAAGAGGAUAAGAGGAAAGGAGUGAAGCGUAAGAGAAGCACAGAAGAUGCACAGGAGAGCCAAGACAAGGAAGACCUGUAUAUGGAGUGUACUGAAGAAGAGACAGGAAGCAGAGGGGCAUCAAGUGGGAACAGUGCCAAGGAAACACCACCAACAAAACAAGAGGCAGAGGAGGCAGAGUGGCUUGAGAUCUUCGCUGCACUAAGCAACGUGAGGUGCCUACGAGGGGUGACACUACCUUCCUGUCCUGGCCGAGUGCUGCAGCUCCUCCUGGCCUCCUGCAAACACAUCACCUCCAUCAAUGCCAUGGAUCUCCGCCACAGCCCUGGUUGUGUCAGGUUUAAUCCGGCCUACCUGAUGGAGGCACCCAACCUUGUGGAGCUCCGUGUCGGUUCACCCUCAGGAUUCUCCCUCACCACCAACUUCAACUUUAUCAAGCUGCAGAAACUCAGAGUCCUGGUGAUGCGAGGACUGAGUGGGGACACCUGGCCUUACCUGGGGACCAAUCUUACUACCCUGCAGGUGGGACCAGUGAGGACCUUCUCCCUCAGCACCUGGACCAACCUUGGCAACAUGACCAAUCUACAGGCAUUGUGGUUAGAGGAGGGAGGCUCAGUAUUGGACUCCAGCAUAUAUGAGGGUCUGAGUCGUCUCUACAGCCUGCGUCGCCUCUGCCUCUUCAACUUUGUGGUGGGGCCCAAGCUAGGACAGGCCCUCAAGAAGCUGCCACGGCUGGAGCGCCUCUUCGUCCUCCCUGUUGGUACUGAGGAGGCCAGUGUGAAGACUCAGAACGGCAACAUGCUGGUGGCGCUGGAAAUGUUACGGAAUGUGGAGGAGCUGGUGUGGGGCGUUCAUGCCUCAGAUGUGUUUGUCUCAGGCGGGAUUGACUGCAUCCAAAUGUGUCCCUCCAAAGCCAAGGUGUUUUCUGGGAUGAUUGAGAACCCAGAGAGCAAUCUUUGGCCACUACCAGAGCUGGAGAAGGUGCUGAAGAGACACUUGCUUCAAUCUAAUGUGCGCAUCAUCAAGCUGGACCCGACUGCUGCCUCACACCUCGCCCUGGCCACACUAUAGGUCUCUCCUUCAGUGCACCACUUAGAACCAGACCCUGUAAGCCUCAUCUCACCCCACCUGCCCCUCUUAUACUCAUUAACCUCCCUCUGUACCAAUCAGAACCAGACCUCAUCUCACUCACCCUGGCCACUCUAUACGUCUUUCUCUCAGUGUACCACUCAGAACCAGAAGCCUCAUCUGAUCUCACUUGGUCAUCUACUCUCAAGACUAAGCUCCUCCCAGCAUACCAAUCAGAACAAGACCUUAUAUGCCUUGCCUUAUCUCAUUUCAUUCUCUUCUCUUUUCUUAUACUCCUUCCCUGCAUUUCUGAACCUCUCUACCCACUCAGAACCAGACAAUAAGAUCUUUAUAUGCCCAACAUCAGCUCAAUCAUUCCCUCCUAGAUUUCUGAACCUCUCUCUAGCAUAUCAUUCAGACACUUAUUUUGUAUAGUCAACCUCAGCUCACUCAGCCUCUCAUAGCACUAGCAUUCAUGGUACAAUCAUAUUCAGAAAUUCAGUAACUUUCAUCAUUUCCUUCCACUGUGUCUGCAUGUUCUCUCAUUGAAUCUUGCUGACAAUCGUUAUGGAACCUGAGAACUUAGAGAUUCUGAGCAAACUGAAGGAUUUAAGAUUAAAGGAGAAUAAGGAGUAGGGUAAACACAGUGGUAGUGGGUUUAUUUUAUACGUAUUCUAUUCUUUGUACCAGAGUGGCCCAGACAAAAACACCACACACACACACACACACACACACACACACACACACACACACACACACACACACACACACACACACACACACACACACACACACACACA